AUGUUGACUUGGUCAGCUCACACUCGCAUCAAUCCUGCCUUGAGUGAUGACUGUGAAAACUCGUCCUUCAACGUCACGGUAAGCAACUACCUUCAUGAUGAGCACGGUGGCCUUCUUGCUACCCAUGCCCCUCACUGGAUCACUUAG